GUAGCUGUGGUGCUUGUCGGUUACUGAAGUUUUACGCUACCGUAUAGCGGUCUGCUUGAUUACUUAUCGACGCGAAAUCACGGUGAAAUUUUUCAAAGGAACAUGGCAACCCCCGAAAAUAUUCUCUUUGCAAAGCUCGAGGCCCUAAAGGAUGUCAGAUCGAAAACCAUUCAGUUGGAUAAAAUUAAACAGAGGAUUUUCCAAGAGGUUGAAUUGACGGAGCAAGAGGAAAAGUGUCUCAUGGAGUACAAACAAGAGAUGGAUCUCUUGAUGCAAGAAAAAAUGGCUCACGUUGAAGAACUUAGACAAAUUCAUGCUGAUAUCAAUGCUAUGGAAUCUGUGAUAAAGCAUGCCGAGGAAGCCAGAAACAGAGCUAGGGAUGCUGCGAAAAUAAUCCACAACAAUGACUAUCAACCUUUGAAACACGAUAUUGAUCGACUGAGAAGGGACUACUUGGGUCUCGAAAGACUGCCAGAACUCUACGAAAUAGAUUCAGAUAUCACUCCAGAGUACUAUUUUGAACGACCAGUACAAAAGAACGAGUGGCGAGUAGAUGUCAGAGGAGAGGAUUUACUCGCUCCUUUAAAUAUGCACUCUCAUGGUGGACAUCCUGCCACUAACGCCUUUUUAGCACCUCAGCCCUUACAAGGACCCAGUAAAGCCGAACCCAGACCACUUCCUCCGGCACCUGGACCACCUGCCCCAACAUUCAGACAACAACCACCACCAAUGAAAUCAUGUCUCUCUUGUCAUCAGCAAAUCCACAGAAAUGCACCCAUUUGUCCACUGUGUAAGGCAAAGUCUAGAUCUCGUAAUCCAAAAAAACCAAAAAAGAAAGACUAAGUCUAGACUAUUAAUUUAUUAACAUCGUACAUCCAAGCAUAUAAGUAUUAAAACUACUUUUUACUAAAUAAGAGACUGUAUUUUAAAUUAAGCGUUUGACAAAUUAGUAAUUAAUAUUUUACUACUUAUUUUACUAGUACUAUAAGAUCGCUAAACCUUUCUUGAACUGACUGACGUAUAUAGGAAAGUUCCAAAGCGAAAAAACUGUUUUGGCCCACCUCAACUUAAAGUAAUGAUCUUACCUCCACUACCUGGGGGAAAUAGCAUCUUCUAAAAGUCAAAAUAAAUAAAAAAUUAGUGAACACAUAACAAGUGACUGUAAAAAAUGCACGGAUCGCACUCGGGCUACAAUACAAAUGUGAUCAGGGUCAUUAUUUACUUCACCGCCCAAGCGCGUGCCGUACUAUUUUAUAAGCGGAACACAGAAACCGUUGUGUUGUGACAAGAUCUUUUGCGUCCUGUAACCUUCCUGCAGUAAUUUUUUCAAAAGCUAUCAUUUGAGUUAGUGGAACUGUACAAAAAGAUGGUAACGCAUUUACUUGGUUAGGUAUAGGAUAUAACAGUACACAAAUAAUUAAUAACACUCCUUCCGAUAAGUAGACAAAAACUAUUUGUCUUUAUUUGCUGGCAAAUUGUAAUCAAACCAGCUGUAUUUUAAUAGAAAAAAUUAAUCGAGAUUAAAAACAUGUUGCUAUGGAUUUGAGUCCGUUUUUGCUAUUGGUUUAUAUAGUACCGAUUUUAUUAGGUUAAAGUAAAAGCUGAAUUCAUAGAAGUAAGUCAUUUUUUUUUUUAUAGUAAUGUUCAAACAAUACUCGGUUUAUGAAUAUGGAAUAUAAGUAUGUAUGUAUGCUCAACGAUCUCUGUUAAUUGUU